AUUGGCUAGGGACAAAAGAACUACAGCUCCCAAUAGACAUGCGCAAAAGUCCCUCUUAAAGUCUUUUAAAUUUACGUGCAAAAUGGCCGCUCAGGUCGAUCUACUGCGCGUCAAAGUAGAGGAGAAGAGCAGGGACAGCUUUGACAAAGCCACCAAAGAGAAGAAAAAGAAGAAAAAACGCGAAUGUUCGCCGUCCGAUGACAAACCCGAUAGAGCGGAGAACGAAGCGAAGAAAAUAAAGCUACAGCACCACCAACACAAUCACCAACAUGCCCAACAACAAGCGCAUCCACCGCACCAACAGAACGGCCAAGCGCGCAACUUCAGCAAAGAGCAGGCACCUGUGCAACACCGCCAUCAUCAACACCAUCACCUCCUCGGCUCCAAGAAAGAAUUACCUCCGGGCUGGCCGCCGCGAAAAGUGACACCAGCAGCCCACGUCCCGCGGAAGACGGUCCUGCCGCCUUCCCCGCUGUUCACUUUCACGCCGCUCAAAGUAGCGAAGGCCGAGACCCCCAAUAACAAGCCCAAACACAUCGAGAAGGACGCCAAACUCAAACCCAAGAAGGAAAACGCCGUGGCGAAUGUUAAAGUGGGGGAAUGCAAAAAGAAGAAAGAGCCCCAUAGUGAGAAUGGCAAAACCCAGACACUGGAGGAAUACCUUUUAAAGAAAAAGAAGAAGAAGAAGCGGCAUCGUGAAGACGAGCGUGGCAAAAAGUUGCACAUACACAACAAAGAGGUCCAAACAGUGUGUACAGGAUUGACAGGAGACGCUCUGCCAUCUUCUGAAGACUCGGUGUUGCAUGUGUACAUCAAAGAUGAGAAGCCAUGUCCAGACUUAAGUGAGUACUGCACUCCCAAGGCUGAGAAGAAGCCGUUCCUCUCACCCCAAGACCACUACAUCCGAAGCUCGUGGCUUCAGACCAAUGGCUCCUUCAGCAGACUGAUCCAUGAGGAAAAGCAGCCCAAUGGAGGGGCAUCUGUACUACACGCAUACGCAGAUGAACUGUCUUUACUGCAACCGGGGGACACUGAAAAAUUUGCCCAGGAGUUUCUGGAUCUCGCCUUUGCUGAGCAUCCUAAAGGAGCCGCACGCUAUGCUCUCGCUGUGGUGCACGGAGCGGCUGCCUACCUGCCCGAUUUCUUGGACUACUUUGCCUUCAAUUUCCCAAACACACCCGUCAAGAUGGAAAUCCUUGGUAAAAAGGAAAUUGAGACCACCACGAUUGCCAACUUCCACUCCCAGGUGAGCCGAACGUACUGCUCUGGGACAUAUAGAGCUGGUCCCAUGAGGCAAAUCAGUCUGGUCGGUGCAGUAGAUGAGGAGGUGGGCGAUUACUUCCCUGAGUUCUUGGACAUGCUUGAGGAGUCUCCGUUCCUGAAGAUGACUUUGCCAUGGGGCAGCCUUUCUAGCCUGAAGCUUGACUGCAGGUCUCAGAGUGAUGAUGGUCCCAUCAUGUGGGUGAGACCAGGAGAGCAGAUGGUCCCCACAGCCGAUAUGCCCAAAUCUCCAUUUAAGAGACGAAGAUCAAUGAAUGAGAUCAAGAACUUGCAUUACCUCCCAAGAACCAGUGAACCACGUGAGGUGCUCUUCGAGGACCGGACGCGAGCCCAUGCUGAUCAUGUUGGCCAGAGUUUUGACUGGCAGAGUACAGCAGCUGUGGGUGUCCUGAAAGCAGUGCAGUUUGGGGAAUUGAGUGACCGGCCACGAGUAACCAAAGAUGUGGUCUGUUUUCACGCUGAGGACUUCAAUGAGGUUGUUCAAAGACUUCAGCUGGACCUGUAUGAGCCACCUGUGUCACAGUGUGUUCAGUGGGUGGAUGAUGCCAAACUCAACCAGUUACGGCGAGAAGGCAUCCGCUACGUCCGCAUGCAGCUCUGUGACGACGACAUCUACUUCAUCCCUCGCAACGUGAUCCACCAGUUCAAAACCGUCUCAGCCGUGUGCAGCCUCGCGUGGCACAUACGUCUAAAGCAGUACUACUCUGAGGAGGAAGAGGGGGAGAAAACAAAGGACUUUAAGACCAAGGAUCUGUGCUCCACAUCAUGUCCUUCCCCCUCGUCAUCCCCUGUUCACCCGGACACCAAAGUCACCUCUUGCGCCCAGCUACAAACGAACACGGCACAAGGUGGAGUGGCCAAAACAGAUGAACUGGUUUUCCAGAGGCCCGCAACGCCACCCAGAGAGCCGCAGCCCGCGCCUCCACAGCCGGCUAAAUCCGCCCACACUGUUUCUGCCACUCUCUGUUCGGAGCCCGGUCCUGUUCCAGCACCCUACCCUCUGUCCUCGCCCACACCAGAGCAAAUGCUUCCACAGGUUCCCACCAAUUCUGCAUCAGACUCCUCACUCGACGGCAGCAGAUCCUCAGAUUUCCCCAAAUGACUUCAGAACUCUUCCUUUUGCAGAGGGAUGGCGUUUCAUUUCACCUUGCAGACUUGACUGACAUUCCACAGUGUAAAAAAGGUAUAUCUGGACUUUGCCUAAAAAUGAUGAAGACUGUAUAUUUUUCUUUCUUUUUUUUAGCUCUUGGUUAAGAAAAUGACCCCACGAGUACUUUUUAGGUUUUUCUCAGCCAAAGUAUUUAAUUUGAAGUAUAUUUUUGCUGAUUAUUACUCCGUAUUGUUUUGUAUUUGUUUAUAUAUUAUUAUAAAUGAGAUGAACGUGUCUCUCAAGAGGGACUUUUCACAUUUCCCAGGGCAUCAUGUGCAUCAUCUGCUAAUUGGUUUUUACAGAAAAAUACAAGGGGGAAAAAGUGCCUGUCACAAGUGGAGAGCAGCAGUCAUAUGUUAAAAGAGAAAAGUAGUCAUAUUUUUUCCCCCGUGUUGUAAUGUCACUGAACUGAAGUAUAUGACGUACUAGUGAGUAGGUGUCAGUUUAAAAUUAGACACGUUUGCUUUUUCAUUAAUCAUUCUCUGGUUUGCUUGAAGGAAAAUUCAUUUUUUUUUUUUGACUAAUAGCAGUAAUUAUAAAAGAGCAACCUGUGCAUUGCCUCUCAUGAAUGCAGGAAAUAUGAUUUGGACUUCACAAGAGGAUUGUUCAUUUGUUUGUUAAUUUUAAUUAUUUAUUUUUGUCCAAAAUUGUUAGUCUUUUAAGAUCGGUCAUUAAUUAAUUUGUCAUGUUUGUUUUCUGUUUGUAUUGUAUGCAGAAGCCGUUGUGCUUUUUAUGUUUUUAUUUCGGACUAGGAAGACAUAUUCCAUCAAGUCCGGAAAUUAGCUGAAAACUGGAUGGAAAUGUAAAUAACCAAACCUACACUCAGGGGCAACAUACUGAUGCCUUUUCAUUUGGUAAAGUCUUCUUCUACUUUGCUUUAAAGUUUUAUAGCGGUCUAAUCCAUACAUUCAGAUUAUUGGGUUUUGAUUGAACCUGUAAUUCUGACGUGUUUGGAGGAGCUUCAUGUAAAGAAAAAAGUCUCUUGAUUCAAAUGGAUCAUCUAAAUAAGGUUCACUUCAUAUCUUUACACAAUUCUGCUCAUACUAUCAGAGUAGUUUUAGUCACAACGGAAAGAUCUUUUUAAAUCAUACUUUGAUUUUGUUAAUUAUUCUCUAAACUUCUGUUUUUGACUGUCAUUGACAUUGUCACCACUUUUUUAAAAAAAUGAGCCAAAUUACAAAAAUCUUGUUGCUUUGGCCAUUUAAAGCUUUUGUUGAUUAAGAUAAUUUGUUCUCCCUAAAAAUCAGUCAGUGCAAAUGUGAAUUAACGUAAUAUACAUUAACAAGGAAUAAAUAAACUCUUGCUCUUCCCAUUAUUUGCUACCGAAGUCAAACCCAAUUUUUUUCUCUUUCAAGAAAGCAUUUGAUAUUAUUUUAUGGAAGUAGAAGCAGAAGGUGUAUGGUCCAGUGCUCUUGCAUAACACUUGUUUCCUAUGUGUUUUAACUAAAGUUGUCUAUAGUUUUUAUGAUAAGCAUUCUGGGGUGAUAAUGCUAUCCUACAUAGUUGGAUGAGUGCAAUUUAGCUUUCACUUUCUGAGUGUAGUUGCGUGUCCGUAAUGGUUUUGAAUGGGAUUAAGUCUUAAAGCAGGCAUUCAGUGUUUUUGAAAGGGUUAUGGGCAGUAGUUGUGCUUCUCUGUUGACGCCAAGUAUUGCUAAUGACUGAUUUGAAUGUAAUUUCACACCAGCAAUCAGUCGACAUUGAUUAUGGUUUCCACAAAAUUAUCUAAUGGCUUUCCCUAAUCAAAUUCAUCCUUCUAUAAAAGAGUGCCUUUCAUUGAGUCUUUAAUUAUCUGCAUUUAAGCAAACUGAUGUUAUUCGAGUUGUACAAAGCAUUAAUUGUGAUGGAAUUUCGUAAAGUCUGGCAAUAAUUGGAUAUUUAUUAUCUAAAAAAAAAAUCAUGCUUGCUCUGGGAUACAACUUCUGCUAAUCCAAAAGCAACUGGCGGUGAUAAUUUUUACUGGCCACCAAAUGUAGCAAAUGCAAACAAAAAUAAAUAAAAUUGGUGGUAAAUUACCUAUAGUCAAUUCAGAACCACGUGCAAUAGGAUCAAAUCAUAUAUUUUUCCCCCUGUUUUUUUUUUAUUUAUUAGGAUUAGGAUUGUAUGGACAGGUGUGAAAGCCUAGACAAAUAUCAUUUUCCCUACUAUUCAAUGGCAUUUCCUCCGGUACAGAUCCUGCAGAUUAGCGGUUUUGCUUUAUGAAAGAAAGCAUACUUUCAUACUUUCACCAAGAAUACAUUUCGAGGUGUCUUUAACACCAAUCCAUUAAGAUGAAUCUUCCCAUAUAUACAGUUUCAGAUGUUUUCCACUCCGCAACACACGAUGCUUUUAUACCUUAAGGUUUCAUGUUAUAUUAAACAUGAUGUUUAGCGUUCUAUGUUUCUUCUGAAUUUUGGCAGCUAGUUUCUUUUUUUUAUGUGUGUGUGUUGAUCAGGUUUUGAUGGUCGUUUGUAAUAUAGGAAAAAUCCACUUAGGGAUCAAGGCAUGCUCUGUGUGUUUGAUUCUUUAUUUUCUCUGUUGAAAUUUGUAUAAAGGGUUUCGAUUUCAGUGAUUUUUAAGGACUAAUUAGAUGGUCAAUUAUGAACAUAGUCAAAGUAAUGUUUUGUAAAUGCUAAGUUACAUUUAAUAGAACUGUCGUGGAUCUUUUCAAUUGUGUAAAAAAAUGCAAUGGAAUGCAUAGACUUUUUUUCUGUAUUUUUUUAAAUAAACUAUUUUAUGAGUGUA